AGUUGAUAAAUAAUUAUUCGUCACACUUUAUAGAUUCCAACACAAUUCACGCCUUAAUCAAACUCUAAAAAACCCACCCCACAAAGGCACAAACACACAGAAUCUUAAAAAACUCAUCGGUCCCUCACUAUAAUCUCUCCUGAGCCGCCACAACCAAACUUGAUCGGAAACAUGUCGACGACAACGUUGGAAGGAUUCCAAGUACUUGACGAGAAAUCAUUACGAGAAUAUCUAAAAAAAACACCAUCUUUGUCUUCAAAACUAGGAAAUGAUGAUGACCUCGACAACUUGAUGAUCAAAGAAGUGGGUGAUGGAAAUCUUAAUUUUGUUUACAUUAUUAUCUCCCCAUCCGCUGGUUCUAUUGUCGUUAAACAGGCAAUACCGUAUGUUCGUUGUAUUGGUGAAUCAUGGCCAAUGACUAAAGAAAGAUCUUAUUUUGAAGCCACGGCUCUUAAACGUCAACAUGGUUUGUCGCCCAAACACGUUCCAGAAGUCUAUCACUUUGACAGGGCAAUGUCGGUGAUCGGUAUGCGAUAUAUAGAGCCUCCACAUAUAAUCCUGAGGAAAGGGUUGAUCGCUGGAGUCGAGUAUCCCUUGUUAGCCGAACAUAUGGCAGAGUUUAUGGCUAACACACUGUUUUACACCUCUCUUCUUUAUCUCACAACCACAGAACAUAAAAGUGCAGUGGCUGAGUUUUGUGCAAAUGUGGAGAUGUGCAGGCUGACCGAGCAAGUUGUGUUUUCAGAUCCUUACAAGAUUUCUGAGUUUAACCAUUGGACUACACCUUAUCUUGAUACUGAUGCUGAGGCAGUUCGAAAUGACAAAAUACUAAAGCUGGAAGUGGCUGAGCUGAAGUCUAAGUUCUGUGAGAAAGCACAAGCUUUAAUUCAUGGCGAUCUCCAUACUGGUUCAGUCAUGGUUACUCGUGAAUCAACUCAAGUUAUUGAUCCAGAAUUUGCUUUCUAUGGGCCAAUGGGGUUUGAUGUUGGUGCUUUUAUUGGAAACUUGUUUUUGGCAUAUUUCUCUCAAGAUGGACAUGCAGAUCAUGGGAAUGAUCGAAAAACAUAUAAAGCAUGGAUAGUAGACACGAUAGUGGACACAUGGAAUCUUUUUCACAAAAAGUUUACCAAUCUUUGGGAUAUACAUAAGGAGGGGCCUGGUGAGGCAUACCUUCAUGAAAUUUAUAAUGAUGUAGAGCUCCGGGAGCUUGUGAAACAGAAAUACAUGUCUGAUCUGUUUCAUGAUUCCCUCGGAUUUGCUGCUGCCAAAAUGAUAAGGCGGAUUGUUGGGGUAGCUCAUGUAGAGGAUUUAGAAUCAAUCACUGAUCUUGGCAAACGAGCAGAUUGUGAACGGCGGGCUCUUGACUUCGCCAAAAUGCUUAUGAAGAAACGGAGAACUUUCAACAACAUUACUGAUGUUAUCUCUGCGGCUCAGUAACUAAAUAUGCAAUGUGAAUGGUUGCAGAUAUUAUGGCUCCAAACAAAAGUUCAAGAAUUAUGCAUCAUAGUAGAACAGCAGACUGCACUUGUAUUCGUGGCUUGUUUGCUCUGUACUAAAUCGUUACCAAAUAGGAGCCAGGUACUGGCAUUGUAGUCAAAGUGUUCAAGUUUACCUAUUUAACGUCUUUAUUUCAUGGCUGAUAAGUGAUAAUAUAUGUGUAAGGUGUGACUAUUUUUGCUAACCGAUUUCAGUUGCAUGAUAA